ACGUCCUGGAGCAUCUGCCUUGGGUGGAGUUUUCCUAUAACUCCUUGAAGAGCUCCGCUACCGGCAUGUCUCCAUUUGAGUGCUCGUUGGGUUAUCAACCCCCCUUGUUUCCCCAACAGGAACUGGAAAUCGCUGUGCCCUCGACUAGGGCUCAUAUUAGGCAGUGUCAGAGGGUGUGGAGAGCCGCUCGUGCGGCCUUAAAGAGGGCCUCUGAGAAGAUGUGCCGCAACGCCAACCGUCAUCGCAUUCCAGCACCGUCCUAUCAGCCAGGACAACAAGUUAUGCUACUCACAAAGGACCUCAGCCUCCAGGUACCAUCUAGAAAAUUGGCGCCACGUUACGUUGGUCCUUUUGCCAUCAUAAAUCCUGUGUCUGUCAAAUUGGCUCUUCCACCCUCUGUCAAGCGGCACUCAGUGGUCCAUGUGUCCCAGAUUAAGCCGGUAGCGGAGAGUUCUCUGUCCCCUGCUGCCCCUGCCCCUCCACCCUCGAGGUUCUUGCCGAAUGGAGAUCAGGUUUGGACGGUCAAGGAAAUCCUCAGGGUCCGUCGACAAGGUAGGGGGCUCGUUUAUCUGGUAGACUGGGAUGGAUAUGGGCCAGAGGACAGAUCUUGGGUGCCUGCCUCCUAUCUUGCCGACCCCUCUCUUCUGGAGGAUUUCUACCGUGCCAAUCCUGAUGCUCCCCGGCGCUCGUCGGGGGCCUCGCAUAAGGGGGGAGGUACUGUCAUGACACGGAGUCGAACCCGCGUUUCCUCGGCGGCUGGAGCUGCGGCCGCCUCUGCUGACAGCGCGCCAAGAUGCGCCUCCUUUGACAGCGCACUCAGACUUGUCCCCACUCGUGCUGAGGGCAGCACGCCUGCGCAGCAACAAGCCUGUAGUCAAUCAACAAUCGACACACCUGAACUUGAUGAAAGGGAGCGGCAUAAAGACCAGCAGACCCAAGGAACCUUUGCCAGAACGUCGCUAACCUUCCCUGACUCCCCUGCCUUCCGUGAUCAAGCCUUGUCCUUCGACAUCCAACCGGAUUCCUGACUGCCCUCCUCGAUCCACGACCUCCCUGCUCGGACCCAGACUACACUGCCUCGCUCCUCCCCACGACCCAUUGCCUGUCCACGAACUGCCUCUUCGUCUUGCCCCUCGUGAUUCGACGAAAGAUUACAACCAACACUCACAGACAACAACCCUGGGUAACAUUUACAUUAUUACUAUUACACAUAGUCACACUCAUUCACUUAGAGUAGCAUACACAUGUCACAUAUUUAUCAAAGGUUUAAAAUAAACCUUGAA